AUGGCAAACGAAGGACUUGGGAUCGGUCCUCGUCCCAGACAAAAUAAUUUUCAACUUUGUUUGCUUGUAGAUCCGGUGCUCUCACCACUAGGAGUGCUUGCAAUACACCUUCACCUAUCAACCCUCAGAUCUCCAGUGCGCCAAGAUCUAAAGCAUCAAGGAUGCAGCCCCAUGCUAUGUUUGGUUCCCAGUGUACAAAUACCUGCUAAGUUCAAGGUCCCUGACUUUGAGAAGUACAAAGGUAGUUCUUGUCCGCAAAGUCAUCUUGUGAUGUAUGCCAGGAAGAUGUCUACUUAUGCAGAUAAUCAUCAGUUGCUUAUCCAUUACUUUCAAGACAGUUUAACUGGUGCCGCACUGAAGUGGUACACAGGCUUGGAUAGCACCAAUAUUCGAACAUUCAAUGACCUAGGUGAGGCCUUUGUCCAACAAUACAAGUAUAACUCGGAUAUGGCUCCAGACAGAGAUCAGCUCCGAUCCAUGGCUCAGAAAGACCAUGAAGCUUUCAAAGAGUAUGCCCAACGAUGGAGAGAAACUGCUGCUCAGAUUAAUCCACCGUUAAAAGAGAAAGAGAUGACAAAGAUCUUUUUGAAUACUCUCAGUCCAUUUUAUUAUGAACGCAUGAUUGCUAGUGCUCCAAGUGAUUUCACCGAAAUGGUAAACAUGGGUAUGCGUUUAGAAGAAGGAGUCCGAACCGGACGUCUGACUAAAGAAGGUGGAUCUUCAAGCGGAACCAAAAAGUUCGGAAGUGGUUUCCAAAAGAAGAUCAUUUGUUUACUCGGACCUGUUCCUUAUGACUCUGACAAGGCAGUUCCAUACAAUUACAAUGCCACAAUGAUAAAGAAUGGACAAGAAGUUCCUUUACCUACUCUCUCAUCCGUUGUAAACAUUGCUGAUGUAAGUCGUGUAACAAGAAGUGGACGUGUGUAUACUCCACUACCUCCAAAGCAGCCUGUUGCUCCUGUAACUGGGCAAAAUCCUGUUGUUACACCAGUGGGGAAUCCUGUGGAAACUCCUGUCGGUAACACGAACACUGAUGUUGGUCAAUCCAGUGGAACCAAUGUCAAUCCUGAUUUUGAUGAAAUUUUGAAACUUAUCAAAAGAAGUGAAUACAAGAUUGUGGAUCAGCUUAUGCAGACUCCUUCAAAAAUCUCAAUACUUUCAUUGCUGUUAAACUCAGAAGCCCACAGGGAAGCCCUGAUGAAGGUCUUGGAUCAGGCUUUUGUAGAUCAUGAUGUGACUGUUGAUCACUUUGAUGGGAUAAUAGCCAACAUAACAGCUUGUAACAAUUUAAGCUUCUGUGAUGAAGAACUCCCCGAGGAGGGUAAAAAUCACAAUCUUGCUUUGCACAUUUCUAUGAAUUGUCAGUCAGACUCUUUGUCCAAUGUGUUGGUAGACACCGGAUCUUCCUUGAAUGUGAUGCCAAAAACGACUCUUGCUCGCUUGUCUUACCAAGGAAUGCCUAUGAAAUUCAGUGGUGUAGUAGUCAAAGCAUUUGAUGGAUCGCGAAAAUCUGUUAUCGGCGAAGUCAAUCUUCCCAUGACAAUUGGCCCACAUACAUUUCAAAUCACUUUCCAGGUCAUGGACAUUCAAGCUGCUUAUAGCUGUCUGUUAGGACGACCAUGGAUCCAUGAGGCAGGGGCAGUAACUUCUACGCUCCAUCAAAAGUUAAAAUUUGUAACAAAUGGAAAAUUGGUAACAAUAAGUGGAGAACAAGCCUUGAUGGUGAGCCAUUUAUCCAAUUUCUCUUUCAUAAGUGCUGAUGAUGUGGAAGGAACACAGUUCCAAGGUCUCUCUUUAGAAGACGAAUCUUCCAAGAAGAAAGCAUCAAUCUCUUCUUACAAAGAGGCAGUGAAAGUAGUGAAAGAUGGAACUGCCACUGGCUGGGGGCAAGUUGUGAUCCCGACCAAGAAUGAAACCAGAGCGGGACUCGGAUGUUCAGUCACGGCCGUCGAUCCCGCCGGAGAAGAUGAACGGUACCAUCAUAGCGCCAGCGAGUCUCUGUCUUUGACUCAGUCACGUGCUCGCGUGGCAGUUUCAGAUACCACCAUUCGCUGGUCAACCAAACCGGUUUAUCUCUCUCCCCCUGAUUGUACAGAUGGUAACGCUCUCCUAAUGGCAAACGAAGGACUUGGGAUCGAUCCUCGUCCCAGACAAAAUAUUUUUCAACUUUGUUUGCUUGUAGAUCCGGUGCUCUCACCACUAGGAGUGCUUGCAAUACACCUUCAUCUAUCAACCCUCAGAUCUCCAGUGCGCCAAGAUCUAAAGCCUCAAGGAUGCAGCCCCAUGAAAUCAAUCGAUAUAACAUUCGUGGAUGUUUUUAUCACACAUAUUUGCUAUCACUCAAAAACACCUAAGGGAGUAGAUCACUCACAUAAGUGUCUGAAGUUUGUGAAUGGUUUGAGACCUAAUAUCAAGAAGGCUAUUGGUUAUCAACAGAUUGUGCAUUUUAUUGAGUUGGUUAACAAGAGUAGGAUUUAUAAUGAGGAUAGUAGGGAGAGUGUUUCUCACUACAAGUCCUUGAGUGAUAAGAAGGGAAAAGGUCAAUUUCGAGGGAAACCUUUUGUGGACAAAGGGAAGCAGAAAGCGGGUUAUGACAAGAAGUCGAGUGGGGGAGGAGCUCCUACUUCGAUUAAGUGCUAUAUGUGUGGUGGUAACGGUCAUCAUAUUUUUGAGUGCAUAAGUGCUGAGGUGAAAUACUUCAAGUGUGGCAAGAUAGGUCACAAGACUAAUGAUUAUAGAGUUAUGUAA